UUAUUAUCAAUGUAUGAUUAAUGUUCAAACAAGAUCGACGAUUGCUAUGUAAUUUGUAUAACCAUCUUUUUUGAUUAAGCACGAAUGGAACGGAAACGGCAAGAUCGUCGUUUUGCCGCCAAGAAGUCGGUCUGUCCGAAAUACGUGAACUGCGAUUGUCCCCCAUUAUAUUUGAAUGAUGCAGAAAAAUGUCGCCCAAUAGAUGUGGAUUAUACUGUACAGAAAUUGCGACAACUCGUGUCGGAUCCUGUCACCAAUGAUCAUGUCCAGCGGAUAUCACGACUUUUAUCUGAUUACUUGCAUGAAAUCGGCGACGACGGUUAUCCAGUCAAACACCUGCCGGCCAUAAUGAAGAUAUUGGAAUUUCUGGCCUGGAAAAGCAAAGAAACCAACGACUAUCAGGAGCAUUUGGAUAGGAUGUUGCAGUUAUGCAGUCAGCCGCCUUUACUGAAACAAGCUUCCGAGAGUCUCACUAGUUCUGUCAUAAUAGAACACUAUUUUACGUUUCUUGGUUAUCUCCUAACAAUUUUGCCUAAUAAAGAUGUCCAACAGAUCCACGAGGCUCUUGAUUGUUUAUUAAUUAGGCAGAUGAAACCGAUAAACGUUGCGGCAGUGAAAUUAGAUUUUCGUCGUCGAGCUAUGGAGAAUUCUAGAUUGCCGAUUAUCAUCAUUGAACUGCUGGAGGCUGCUAUGCCAAAAAUAUAUCCGAAGAUCUUAGAACUGGCUUAUAUGGUCGCCUCGAUCUCAAAUCAAUGUUGUCACAGAAUGCUGCAGGCUGGGAUACUGAACACGUUGUUAACCAGGAUGGACCUUCCUUACGCGACGGAACUUACGUGUUGCACCGUACCGAUGGACAUACCCCUUGAGGGAGAGGAAUAUCCGUGGGACAUCAUGCUCUUGAUAAUGAAACUCUUGUGGAGUCUCAUGAGAUCGGUGUUAUCUUCGAAAACGCUACCAGAACACCUGAAGGACCUCCCAUCGCCCAAGCAAUGCGCCAUGUGGGGCUUAAGGUAUUCCUUCAAACGGCAGAUACUUCGCGGUCAAUACUGUGCCGUCAAUUUGAGGUUCAGGAACGACAUCGCCGCAUUGAUCCUCGCUGGAAUCGUGGCUUUACCAUCGUGGGAUCUUGUCAGUAACGGUAUCGCGGAAGAUAUCGUCAAUCUUUUAUCUACAAUUGAAUCUGGCACUACUAAAAUAUGGUCAGAAAAUGUUAAGUUCUCCGACAGUGAUGAGGACCUCUUCUUCAAAAAGAUCCUACUGAUGAUCAUCGCUUACCUCGCAGAUAUCGACGUUUACAUCUUCGUGAUGGACAAAGCGAUGAUUAUGCCAGUUAUUCUUCGGAUCAUUAAAUUCUGCAUGAACAAUAAAAAAGAUAAAGGAUCUUCUCCGUCGCUAAUUCUUUUGGAGCGUGCAAUGCAUAUCUUAUCACUGUUAGCUCCACGAAUAGAAACGGAAUUUGUGAAGCGCAAAGGCACUCUUAUAUUACUGAUGAUGCUCAAGCAAAUUUUGAACGUGGAAUUCGACGAGUAUCUUGCGAUGAUUUUUACGAGAUCCGUUUGCUCGAUAAUUCUGCAGGACAACAUCUUUCUUCUGGAGGAUUUCCAAAAACACGGAAUGAUACCGUUAUUAAUUAAAUUAUUCAGCAAUAUAAUGAGUUUAGAUAAGCUUACGAUGAGGAGGCAACGAAUUCUAACAUUGCUACUGAUCUCCCUAGAAGGGCUUAUGAAAAAACAAAUGUCUGUUCAACAGAUGUGCGAACGACGAAGCGUCGAGUUUAUUUUAGAAAUAUUCGCAAAGUGUCUACAUCAAAGAAACGAGGAUUUUCAAAUAGAUCAGCGACUGUUGCUAGCAAUAGGCGCUUACGUUUGGAAAUGCAUAGUGCGAUGUCCUGAGAAUCUUCAAAUUUUCUUGAACGGCGGUGGAUUGUACUCGGUGUUGGACAUCAUUGAGGUCGCGAGCUACCCUGUAAGGUGUUUGUAUCUCGGUGCACUGACUGAUAUGUGCGAUAGCAUCUUUUGCGGACCAUGUCUCUGCACCUGGAGAGGCGCUGAUAAGAAGACAGGUCUGAUGUCUUUAUUCAUGAGUAUUUGGCGAGAAGAAGAAGACAGGAUCGGCAUUAAAAGACGCGCCGACGGUUCCAUAGCAGAUCCUGAAUUUCCUCAGAUGGGCACCAAGCAGUGGAUAGACACCUAUCGUUUCCAGCUUACGGAAGACGCUAGUCCCACUAUAGCUGACAUGCUUGGUUCGGUACGAUCAAAAAUCUUUAGUAUUUUGAAAAUAAUUGAGAGAGACGGCGACAAAUACGAAAUCGCUAAGAAGCAUUAUAAGAUUCUACUUGAGGAAUUGCCAACAAAAGAUCACAUAACACUAUGUUGCGCCGACAUGUAUCUACGACUGAAGCUCGGUCAGAUGUGGACGGAGCUUAGCAGAUAUUUGGAGCAGACCGGCGUCAUCCCAUUGAGCGUGGACGCGCAUCUGAUCGUUCACAUGGUGCAGUGGCAUCAUUCAUGGGGCAUUUCAAUCGAGGACCGUCAGAAAAAGCUUAUUGCAAUGGCCAAGAGAGCAGAUGAGAUCUUAGAGAAAGACGAGCUCGCGAGGAUACGCGAUUCCAAGUUGGCGCCGACCCUGGAAGCGUUGGACGAUGUAGAUCGCAUUCGUCGUACGACCGACAGAUCGUACAUGUUACGGAAGAAAGCUCGACAGAGGCAACAAGUGCAGGCGACCCUAUCAUUCCCACGCGAUGCUGACGUCAAGCAAUGCUAUCGAACGUUUUCGGAUAAGACGAACGUCACGGCAAUUUUUGGACAACAUCACUUGAUCGACACUCCGUGUUUAAAGGAUUUUCGAAGCGAUUUUACGGAGAUAUCGCCAAUAUCACCAGUGUCAUCCCCCGAUUCAUUUCGCAAAGAAGUUCUAUCUUCGCUCGAAGUUGCUUCCACGAGUUCCUUGUUCUAUGAACGCCGGUUCACAGACAAUUACAUGAUCGAAAGUCUCAAUCGGUAA